AAAAAACUUCUGUGUUUGCUAUUAUUAAUCAGGUGGCUUCUUUGAGAUAAUUUAUUGAAUACAAUCCUAGUAGUCUGCUUAACGUGGCCUGGGUUAAUAAGGCUUCAAUAAAUCGUGUGAUUAGCCUAAUACAAACGGAAGAUUAUUCUUUAAUAAUUUGUUGCCGAACGUUUUGCUUAUCUAAAAAGACGAUUGCGCAUUCCAAAGGUAUUGGGAAACGACUAUCGCCGUCUGUCUAACACGCCAAAUCAUUAUUACUGGGUGUAUAUUUAAACGUCACAAACUCAUUUCGAAAUGGGCUACAAUUACACAAAGGCGUUGGCAAUGACCGGUGCCGCAGCAGCUGCUGCCUGGCUGGUUUACUACUUCCUUAAGGAUGAUAACCAAGAGGAUGAAAAUGAUUUGUUCAAGAAGGAAUACGACCCUUCUGACAUGGCAGCAGCUAGCAAAGUGGUUGAGAAGAUGACCAAGACUGAUGUGAUCGACCUCUUAGCCAAAAUCGCAGCCAAUCAAGAUAAGGCCAAGUCGUUGCUGCAAACUUUAGUUAGUGAGAUCAUGGGUAGUGAUUUUAAGGAUACAAUGCUAGAUGUGUAUCAUCGUGUAGUCAAGGAUGUACCUAAUGACCCGUUGAAAGCCAGAGGACUUACUCUUUUCGACCUCGAUUACCUGGUAGAAAGAUACCAAAACGACCCGACCGUACGUUCACACAUCAUGGCAAUGAUAAACCUCCCUACUGGAGAAACACCAGAAGAUGAACAUGACAUCGUGCCAGACGAGAUCGUGAACGUAUACGAGUUUAUGCUCAAGGAAUUGCAAGAUAUCCAAACCACACAGCAGCCCUUGACCAUGCAACCCAAUCUGAACAGUAAUGCAGCAAGCAUUGCGGUUCAAGCUAUCAUUGCGGCAAAAGUACAAAAGAAGUUUGGAUACACGUCUAUGCAAAUAGAUAGGGCCAUCACCAGACACCAGGCUGAAUUAGGUAUGAACACCAAGUUUGCAAGGUUUGCCAUGCAGAUUCAAACUGAAAUGACUGAAAUCACUGGAACUGGUUAAGGUCAAGUAACAAGGUUCAUAUCAGCAUCAAGCAUUAAACAUUGGACCACCCAUAGUGGAUAAU